GUGGAAUGCAAUUUGAUUGGACGAGAACCACGAAGUGUACUUUUCUCAGGCUACAUAAAGACGAGGUAUCAAGUCGGCCCGACGCCGAAUCAGUUCAUCCUGUGACCCGUUUUAUGGACAGCAAAAUCACGGAUAGAGCGCAAGAUGGCCUACGAAAAGCUAUUUUUUCCUGCAUUAGUUUUUGUCCUGUCAAUUGGUUUUCUUCAAGCAGCAAAUGAAUGUAACACCUACGAAAUAGGACAAAUUGGCAGUUGCCUAGCACCUUUUCCUCCAGCUACUACCUCGAUCGUAAACAAGACGUGCACCUUAGACGCCGAUAUGUGCAAAGCAGCCGUGACAGUUGCUGAUUGUCUGAAUAAGGAAUAUAUGUCAGAUAAAUGCAGAGGAUACCUUACAACCUACAUUGACGGACAACUGGCACAAGCUCAACUCCAGUGUACAGUAAGCAAAACAGAGCAACAGUGUCCAAAAGCCAAAGUGAAAAGGGAAAAUGAAUGUAACGACAAAGAAAGAAAGACAACCGGAGAUUGUCUACAACCAUUUGUAUCAGCUGCGGACAGCUUGGUGAACAAAUCGUGUAUCCUGACAGAUAGUAUGUGCGAAGCAGCCGUGACAUUUGCUGAUUGUCUGAAUAAGAAAUAUGUGCCAGAUAAAUGCAGAGGAUACCUUACAACCUACAUUAACGGACAACUGGCACAAGCUCAACUCCAGUGUACAGUAAGCAAAACGGAGCAACAGUGUCCAAAAGCCAAAGUGAAAAGGGAAAAUGAAUGUAACGACAAAGAAAGAAAGACAAUCGGAGAUUGUCUACAACCAUUUGUACCAGCCGCGGCCAGCUUGGUGAACAAAUCGUGUAUCCUGACAGAUAGUAUGUGCGAGGUCGCUUCAAAAUCAGCCAAAUGUGUGAACGAUGCCUCACUUGCAAACAAAUGUAGAACGAGCCUUCCUACUUUCAUUGACAACAACCUUGCUGCAGCUCAUCUCAAGUGUACGUUGAGUGGAAUUGAGAAACGGUGCCCAAAUGCCAAAGUGAACACCGGCGGCGCGCCUCAACAAGUGAUGCUCAGUCUUGUGUGCCUUUUUGUGUCCGUUAUAGCUGGAUUACAUUUCACGACGUAGACGGGAAACAAUGUCGAAAGAUUAAACAUACUAGAGCGACAUUCCCGAGAAAUUCACUGCGAUUUUGGGAUAUUUUGACUUACUUUUGGUUAUUUUACUCGUGUAAAAAACAGCGCAAACGCAGUUAAUGAAGAUUGCCUGAAACGUUAUCUACUAUACACAGUACUGUUAGAAGAUCACGAAGAGAACAUUGCUUUAAAGUGUAACCCUGUGCUAAUUUUAAUAAUAGCAGCUUUGUGUCAUAAUAUGUAUGUUACUUGACUUCUGUGUGUUACGCAUUAGCUUAUGUUAUGUAUUGACGUUUGAGACCUGUUUCCGUUACAAAAAAAAAAUAUGUGGUCGUUUACAUGGCGGCCAUUACAUAAUGGUAAAUACUGGUUUGUGACAAUGUCAUCACAUACUGCCUUAUCGUUUUUCACUUUAUAUAACAUUUAUAUAAUCUAAGCCAUUUAUUUCAUUCCAAUUGGUAUAUAUUAACUAAAUAAUCUUGUUCUGUACGAAUACAUUUAUAAUCAUAAUCUAAAUCUUUUUUUCUUUCUUUUUAAUUACGAACUAAUCGUUGUGUAGGUAGGGUUUUGUUGUUGGGUUUUUGUUGUUUUUUUGGGGUGGGUUUUUUUUUUGGUGGGGGGGUUGUUGUUUUUUUUGUUGUUUAUUUUUGUGGGGUUUUUUGGGGGGAGGGUUGUGCAUUUUUGUUUUUUUUUCGUCAAGGUUAUGCCUGUAUUAAUCUCUGCAUGUACAGUAGCUAGUAGAUAUUUAAUUAACAAAAUAUUAUCGUGUUAAAAACAAUUAAAACAUUUCAAUUUUGUUAAAUAAUAUUAAGUAUAAACCUAAACAUAUAUUAGAUUCAGAUAUAAGACAGAACAUCUUGCCAUAACUCAGAACAAUGUGACAAAAACGUUGAAGUUCAAGACAAAACCUGCUGCUCACUGCGGAGUUCAGAUAGGCAGUAAAACACCCGAUCUUGGUCCGGUUGUUCAAAACCUGACGAGCAUAAAGAAACUGAAUACAAAAGAAGAAGAUACAUUGUUUAAAUGCAUUAUUAACAAACAUCACAAUUCAAGAAAAAGGACCGUCAGAUCCAUCAAGACUAAUUUAAAAAUGUUUUGAAUUUAGUAAACGAAAAUGUCUGUUUGUUUAAUAUUCUGUUGACGACUUAUUCCAAUUAAAACAAAAUUCCUAGGUAUCUGUAACAUUUAUAUGCAUAAUACAACUUUAAAUAAUGAACACGUAUUCGCUUUCGAACUCGGUUAAAUAUUGUAGGUGUUAUUUUAUAAAGGUAUUUAAGUCAUUCAAAACAUGCAUAGUGUCAAUUAAAGGGACAUACCCUAGUUUUUAAAUGCUACGACGUAUUUUUCACUAUUAAAGCCAUUUUUAAUAAUUAAAAUUAAUAGUACUUGCAUUUUAUUAUUUAGAAUAUUCAUUUUCGUACACAUAAAGUGGUUCUGGUCAUCCAGGUUUUUGUAAUAACCCAACAUGCAUUUUUCAUAAUUCUAAAAACGCACGUUCGUCUGAGAAGUAAUGGUUAUCGAGACAGGCUCUAGUUUAUUUUAGACGAUAUUUUCAUGUUUAAACAUCACAACCUUCAGCUUCUCUCUGUUAUAACCGUAUCCAAGUAUUUUGCAGGUGUGUAGAUUAUCUAAGCUUACUGUCCAUUUUAACAGGCUAAAACUAGGGUCUGCGCCUUUAAGACAAAGAAGUAUUAAUAUAUUUUCAUGUUGUAAACAGGUAAAAUAAAAUUGAUUUUGUUUUAGCA